AAAGUUCAUAUGGGGGAGAAUAUGCCUCACUCACACGUCACACACACACACACACAUUCAGGCGCUCUGAAAACCCGAGAGAAUGUUGGAGUCGACGAGCGCCAUGGAAGUGAUGGUGAGAUGGAGAGCAGAAUAAGAAGAAGAGGAAGAUAGGCACGUAGCGCACAACAAAAGCGUCAGCGUCGUCGGCGCAAGGUAGAUUUGUGGCCCACAAUCAUUUUUUUAGUAUUUAAAGAACAGUCGGGCAAGCAAGUAAAAGGUGCUGCGAGAGCGAUAGCCAAAGUGAAAAAGGCAAAAGUUUAAAAAAUUCAUUGAAUUGGAUCGCCAGCAACGAAUAACGGAGACACACACACACCGACACGCACACACACACUCACACAGAUUGAGGAGGAGCUCAAGAAGUUAAUAAAAUGCCCGUCUUUCACACAAAAACCAUCGAGAGCAUAUUAGAUCCUGUUGCCCAGCAGGUAUCUCGCUUGGUCAUUCUACAUGAGGAGGCCGAGGAUGGCAAUGCGAUGCCCGAUCUCAGCCGUCCGGUGCAAGUGGUGUCGGCGGCGGUGGCCAAUCUGGUGAAGGUGGGACGAGAGACGAUCAAUAGCUCCGAUGAUAAGAUAUUAAGGCAGGACAUGCCGUCGGCAUUGCAUCGCGUGGAGACUGCCUCGCAGUUGCUCGAGGAGGCUUCGGAUAUGUUGCGGGCAGAUCCCUAUUCGGGGCCAGCGCGCAAGAAGCUAAUUGAGGGAAGCCGCGGCAUACUGCAGGGCACCUCCUCGCUGUUGCUCUGCUUUGACGAGAGCGAGGUGCGCAAGAUCAUCCAGGAGUGCAAGCGUGUUCUUGACUAUUUGGCCGUUGCCGAGGUGAUUGGCACAAUGGAGCAACUGGUUCAGUUCCUUAAGGAUCUGUCGCCCUGCCUCAGCAAGGUAUCCCGCGAGGUGGGCGCCCGUGAGAAGGAGCUAACCCAUCAGGUGCAUAGCGAGAUUUUGGUGCGUUGCCUGGAGCAGGUCAAGACUCUCGCCCCCAUACUCAUCUGCAGCAUGAAGGUCUAUAUUCACAUUGUCGAGCAACAGGGCAAGGGUGCCGAGGAGGCGGCCGAGAAUCGCAAUUAUCUGGCUGCACGCAUGAGCGAUGAACUCCAGGAGAUCAUCCGUGUGCUUCAGUUGACCACAUAUGAUGAGGACACCAGCGAACUGGACAAUCUCACCGUUCUGAAGAAGCUUAGCAAUGCCAUUAGCAACAAGAUGGAGCUGGCCAACGAAUGGCUAUCAAAUCCCUAUGCUCUUCGUGGCGGCGUUGGAGAGAAGGCUCUGCGUCAGGUCAUUGAUAAUGCCAAUGAGAUCUCGGAACGUUGCCUGCCUCAGGAUUCGUAUCCCAUUCGCAAGCUGGCCGAUGAGAUCAGCGCCAUGUCCAAUAAUCUCUGUGAGCUGCGACAAGAUGGCAAGGGUAACUCACCCCAGGCCUUGGCUCUGGCCAAUGGCAUUCGUGGUCGACUCGGUGAGCUACAGGGUCUUGUCCGCCAGGCUGUGCUCGGUGUGGACAAGGCGGGUGUCCAGCAGACGGCACACACGAUCCAGGGACGUCUGGAGCAGGCUGUCAAAUGGCUACAGAAUCCAGAGAUCAAUGAUGGUGGUUUGGGUGAACGGGCGAUCAAUCUGAUUGUCGAGGAGGGACGCAAGGUGGCCGAGGGCUGUCCUGGUCAUCAGAAGGCCGAGAUCAUGCAGCUCUGCGACGAGGUGGAGCGUCUGAAGCGCCAAGCGGCGGGAAGUGGACCCGCUGCCAAGCAAGCAGCCAAGCAGCUGACCCAGAAGCUCUACGAGCUCAAGGCGGCUAUACAGAAUGCCUUGGUCAAUCGCAUCGUCCAGGACUUUAUGGAUGUGAGCACACCGUUGAAGCAGUUCACCGAGGCGGUCAUGUUGCCCGAGGGAACACCCGGACGGGAGCAGAACUUCAAUCAGAAAUCGAAUAAUCUUCAGGCGUUCAGUGAUCGCGCCUCGAAGACAUCCCGCAUGGUGGCAGCAGGUGGAGCCUGUGGCAACAAGAAGAUUGCCGAAAUUCUGCUCUCAUCGGCCGCUCAAGUGGAUUCAUUGACGCCACAGCUGAUCAAUGCCGGACGCAUCAGGAUGAACUAUCCCGCCAGCAAGGCGGCCGACGAGCAUCUCCAGAAUUUGAAGCAACAGUAUGCGGAUACGGUACUCCGAAUGCGCACCCUCUGCGACCAGGCUACCGAUCCGGCUGACUUCAUCAAGACAUCCGAGGAGCAUAUGCAGGUUUAUGCCAAGCUCUGCGAGGAUGCCAUCCAUGCUCGUCAGCCCCAGAAGAUGGUGGACAACACCUCGAAUAUUGCUCGACUCAUCAAUCGUGUGCUGCUCGUGGCCAAACAGGAGGCGGACAACUCGGAGGAUCCUGUCUUUACGGAACGCCUUAAUGCCGCCGCCAAUAAUCUGGAACGAUCCCUGCCUGCAAUGGUUGGCGAUGCCAAGCUGGUGGCCACCAAUAUUGCCGAUCCUGCUGCGGCUGCCGCCUGGAAGAAGUCAUUCCAGCGUCUCCUCGGCGAUGUUCGCGAGGUGCGUGAUGCCAUCGCACCGCCACAGCCGCCACCAUUGCCCACAUCGCUGCCACCGCCCAUCCCGGAGCUCAGUGCUCUCCAUCUCUCCAAUCAGAAUGCUGAGCGUGCUCCUCCGCGUCCACCACUGCCACGUGAGGGUUUGGCUCCAGUGCGUCCCCCGCCACCGGAGACAGACGAUGAGGACGAGGGCGUGUUCCGUACCAUGCCACAUGCCAAUCAGCCUAUCCUGAUCGCGGCACGUGGUCUUCACCAGGAGGUGCGUCAGUGGUCAUCAAAGGACAAUGAGAUCAUUGCGGCCGCCAAGCGUAUGGCCAUACUGAUGGCUCGUCUCAGUGAACUUGUGCUGUCCGAUUCGCGUGGCAGCAAACGGGAAUUGAUUGCGACGGCCAAGAAGAUCGCCGAGGCAUCGGAGGAUGUGACGCGGCUGGCCAAGGAGCUGGCACGUCAGUGUACGGAUCGACGCAUUCGGACGAACUUGUUGCAGGUGUGCGAGCGUAUUCCCACCAUUGGCACACAGCUGAAGAUCCUGUCCACCGUCAAGGCGACCAUGUUGGGCGCCCAGGGAUCCGAUGAGGAUCGUGAGGCCACUGAAAUGUUGGUGGGCAAUGCCCAAAAUCUAAUGCAGAGUGUGAAGGAGACGGUUCGCGCUGCGGAGGGAGCUAGCAUUAAGAUACGCUCGGAUCAGACCAGCAAUCGACUGCAAUGGGUGCGUCGCCAGCCCUGGUAUCAGUACUAAUACCACGAAUGCUAUAGACAGCUGCCAAAGCUAAAGCCAAUACCCCCACCCUCAAAGAAAAAAAAAAGAAAUCGUUCGUGCCUUUCGUGUAACAUAAACUAAACUAAUCUUAAACAAAAAACUUUAAACUGAAUUUCAAAACUACUUUUAAUAACUUUAAAAUAUAAUAAUGCGUCAAGUGCUCCCAGACUUUUCCAUCGUAAGCUUUCCACAUAAGUUUCCCGCUCUGUUCUGAAACUCUGAAAUAUUCUAAAUAUUGUGCAAAUUCUGAAGAUGUUGAGUACUUCGAAUACUAUUUACUUUGUUAUCAAUUUGAAUAUUCAGAAAACAUUUUAAAACUGAAAACUCUGUUUCCACUUUCUUUAAACACAUUUAUCGUAUAUGUUUUAUUUUUUAAAUGCUAUAUUUAUAUUUAUAAAGUUAAUGUUUAAGCGUGCAAUAAAUAAAUGUACAUACAUACAUACAAACACAGACACACACACACAGACAGGUGCAAUGUAUAUAUAAAGCAAUAAAAACUCGGAAAAUAAGCAAAGCACUUGAGGGAAUUGAGUUAAGCAACUCGAUAUACACUGUCCACCUUCUGGCUGCGUCUCCUAGAUGAACUUGGAGUAGAUGAAGAAGAUAAAAGUAGAAGAAGAAGCAUUUACAGAGAUAAAAACACGCCCCCGCCGUAUCCCCCCCACACACUCAAUUUUUAAACCCCAAAGCCAACUUGCUGGAAAAGUAAUACACAAUUUUUUGUUAAUUCCACUUUGACUAACAUGAAAAUGUGCGAAUAUACAACAGACAUACAAUGAAUAUGUAAAUGAAUAUGAAAAUGAGUAUAAAUAUAUAUAUUUGAAUAUUGAGUGCCUUAUUCACAUUGUACUUGCAUAGUUUAUAAUUAGAAGUAGUUGCCCCGACCCCUUUAACAAACUAAGCCUAAAAUGAUCAACGCGUUGUGUGUCAUGUUUAAAAUAAAAAGUAACUGAAAUAAAAAA